UAGUCAACAUGAAUUUGGGCAGUUCGGACAAAGGAAACGGCCCGUGAACACUUUGAAUUUACUUUUUACGCUUUGAACCUUGGAAAACAUUAGUCUUUUCUUGAAAGAGGCACGGUGACCACAGCAGCCCUGGGACGCCGCCGGGGGAGUCUGUCUGAUUUCUCAGUAUCACGCAGGAAACCAUGUCGUCGCCGGGGAUGGACGAAGCAUCCUCCCUCCAGUUAUGCAGGCUUAUGCUGCCAGAUGACGCCAAUUUUAUGGGUAACGUUCACGGCGGCAUCAUUCUCAAGAUGAUCGAAGAAGCUGGAAGCAUCAUUGGCACGAGACACUGCAACACACAGAAUGGAGACAGAUGUUUAGCCGCUCUGGUUCGGGUGGAGAAGACGGAGUUUCUGUCGCCUGUAUUCAUCGGCGAGGUGGUCCACGUUAGCGCCGAGAUCACUUACACAUCCAAGCACUCGCUGGAGGUUCAGGUCAAAGUCAUCGCUGAAAACAUCUUGACAGGUGCAAAAAAGCUGGCCAACAAGGCAGCGCUGUGGUACGUCCCCUGUUCUCUGCAGAAUGUUGACAAGGUCAUGGAGGUGCCUCCAAUUAAGUAUGCUAGUCCAGAGAAGGAAGAAGAAGGCAGGAAACGCUACGAAGCACAGAAAAUUGGGAGAAUGGAGACCAAAGCGAGGGUUGAGGAGCCGAUGCCGCUUCGACCAAACCUAGAGGAUGCACCUCAGGAAAGGCACACAGUCGGCUUCAGCCAGUCCAGCCUGAUCCAUUUGGUGGGGUCUUCAGACUGCACAGUAGUGGACUUUGUUUAUGGUGGUGUAGCCAUGAAGCUGAUGGACGAGGUUGCUGGAAUUGUUGCCGCUCGGCACUGCGGCACAAACAUCGUCACUGCUUCUGUGGAUGCCAUCAACUUUCACUGCAAGAUUAGAAAAGGUUGCGUGGUGACGGUGACGGGCCGGCUCACGUUUGUCAGCAACAGGUCCAUGGAAAUAGAAGUGCUGGUGGAUGCCGAUUCGCUGGUAGACAGGCAGACAGGGAAAUAUCGUGCUGUCUCAGCCUUCUUCACCUUCAUCUCGCUUGACAAGGAAAAUAAACCGCUAAAUGUCCCGCCUCUAAAGAUCGAAGGAGACGAUGAGCAGAAACGUUUUGAAGAGGGCAAGUCACGUUACCUCCAGAAUAAAACAAGGAGACUUGCGGAAAAGGAGCGUCAGCAGUGACACUGUGGCUCAACAGAAUCAAAACCCACGCAGUACGCACACGUUACGACGGAGUUGAUGCUUCUCUGUUACUGUAGCCUGUUAAACCGUCUUCUGUGACCCCGUUUUGCAGCAGCGCUACUCACCAAAGUGUUCCCGUAUACAUGUGUGCAAUAUCAAUGUCAAAGUAAUAGUACUUUUUUUUUAAUUUAGGGAGAGUUUUACGACUGUACUGCAUGCAAAAUCUAUUUAUUAUUACUGUUUGCAUUAACUGACAGUGGGAUUGUAGAAAUACUAUGUCGUUUUGCAGGAUCUCUAACUAUACACAUUUGGCUUCGAUGUCAGCCCAAAGUAAUACUGAGAGUGGCAAUGGUGUGGCAAAGGGAAAUGAUGAAUAAGUGAGUGAAUAAAAAAAUUUUAAAAAGCCAAGCGUGAGUCGGGGGCUCUCGCAGCGUGUCCUUGCUUGUUUGAUGAUAAUUAUGUCAUUGUCUUAGGCAUGUCUUGGCAGAGAGGGCACAUGCCAGCCAUCUUUUCAGCACUGUGUCUUUCACAGAGAGUUCAUCGGAGCUCAGGGGUUUUGACUCAUCCAGCAUCUCUUCCCCCACCUCCGUCUUCUUCCUCCUCUGCCUCCUCCUCCUCCUCCUCCGCAUGUCUGUCGCACUCUGACUUCAGCCUGUGUCAUGCCCGCAUCCGUCUCCAUCUCCUCACAACGUCGCCUUCUUGCUCAUUUACUCUAUUUAUCCUUAAGGCUCUUCUUCUAUCCCAUCAUCUGCCCGCCUCACUCUCAGUUUGCACAGAUGAGAUAUGAAGAUUGCUUUCGGCCUUAUAAGAAACAGAAAGUAUUAUUAUUAUAUCGCUUUGUGCAGAAGGUAAGAUCGGGACAAUGAAUUAUUCAAGAGAAGAGUCCAUGUUCAUGUGACUGUGUCAAAACUGAAUUAUCUUUCCAGUGAGAGGACCACAUACAGUCUCCAUUUAAAGAAAAAAUACCCUCUUUCUAUUCUAAGGCUUAUGUGUGAACACUUAUGUUUCUAAAACAAUUUAUAUCAAAUUCGGAUUGUGGAAACCACCCUCAUUAAAUAUUCAACAACAAUGAAGCCAGAAUGGAAAAGCUGUUGUGCAAAACUAUUUACACCCCAAAUUUCAAUUGGUUGUAGAACCAGGAAGUCAUCUUCUCUUACUUUUUCAGUUUCUGUAAAUACUUACAACAAUAUUUAGCAAAAAUUAGAUUCUUGCACUGGUUCAUUUUCCAUAAACUUCAAACUUAAGUGAAGUUAAUAACUGAGUGGAAACAUUUAACACUGACUAAAACAAAGCACAACCUAUUCGCAACCCAGGAAGAUUAUUUUCUUUUGCAUAGUCGUGUAGUUCACGUUAAAGCUAUCGCCAUCAUCUGGUCAGCAAAGAUAUAAGUCUUUUCAGAUUGGACACCCACAAACCACUUAUGUUCUUUAAAAAAAUAGGAGUUGCAAAGUACCUAGAGUUGCUGAGGCCUUAUUUUCUUACACUUUUAUAGAGGAGUUUUGAUCCACUUUUGUUUCCAUCACCCCUCCACCACCAUGCUCUGACAGUUGGCAUAGACUGUACUUCUCUCAGUAACUUCCAAACAGGCCCUACUUGUUAAGUUUGUUUGUUUUUUUUGCCAAACAUUGACUGUAACAUUAGACAUGCUAACUGAGGCAUGUUGAAUCUGAGAUUAAGUUUUUCAAUUUCUCUGAGGUUUGUACUUUGGGAUGAUGUGCUGGACCUUCAACCCUGGCGAAUAAUAUGUCACUGUGUAAUGGUGGACUUCAGAUUUUUACAAUGCUUUCUAAAUCAAAGGUCAGUUGCAUCGCUUUAGGUCAUUGCUGAUGUCUUUCUGUAUUGGCAUUGUGUUAGCUUACACCUGUAUGCACCGGAGCAGCAAAUUGACCAAACUUUUGCUUUUAUAGAGGUGGUAACAUUUCGUGACGUUCAGUUAAUCAGGCAUAAUUAACCAGCAGUACCUACCUGCUGCUUACCUUAUUAAGUUGUAUAGGAUUAGCAACAGAGUACUUAGUUUUUCACACACAGCUUUUACCUUUUGGGUUCAUUUUUGUUCAAUAAUUAAUGUGUUGAAUCUGUUGAGAGAUUUGUACUCCAAAGGUUACCUCUACAAAACAAAACAAAAUGUAGAGGCUCAAACAGCACACCAUAUCAUUACUAGCGCAUUCAACAGGUAAGGCUAUUAUUGAAAAGCUUGUUUAUUUCAAUAACUUAAAAAAAGAAACAUAUUUAGAUUAAUUACACAUAGGUGGAUCUUCUGUUAAUGAGGUUCAUUUUCCACUUACAGCUAAUAAAAAAUGAUGUAAAAUUUAAAUAUUGCAUCAGACCAAUAAAACACCUUAAAAAAAAACAAGUACAAAUGUAGGCUUAAUAAAAUGUUUUUUUUUUUAAAGUGUACAGACAAAUGAGACUCAUUGGGAUGCAUAUUCUAAAUGGUUGAAUAUAUAAAUAUUCUGACGUAUAAAACCAUAAAAUUGAA